UCAUGGGGGAUGGACCUCAAACAGAACCUCUGCCCUCCAGAUGAGCUGGCUGUAAGGCUCAGCCCCCUUCCCCCCUCCCCUUCUAUCCUGAGUCACUUCGGAGUUGGGAGUGGGGCACCAGCACCAUGGGGACUCCCAAUGAUCAGGCAGUGCUGCAGGCCAUCUUCAACCCUGACACCCCAUUCGGAGACCUUGUUGGGUUGGACGUGGGAGACGAAGUGGAGAAGGAAGAAGUAGACGAAGAUGGAGCUUUCCCUCGAGCACAGUUGGAGCAAUCCAAGGCCCUGGAGCUGCAAGGGGUGAUGGCAGCGGAGGCUGGCGACCUCGGCACGGCCCUGGAGAGGUUUGGCCAAGCCAUCAGCCUGCUGCCUGAGCGGGCCUCCGCCUACAACAACCGAGCCCAGGCCCGCCGACUCCAAGGAGAUGUGGCAGGCGCCCUGGAGGACCUGGAACGCGCUGUGGCGCUGAGCGGCGGCCGGGGUCGCGCCGCCCGCCAGGGCUUCGUGCAGCGCGGGCUCCUGGCGCGGCUGCAGGGCCGGGACGACGACGCCCGCAGGGACUUCGAGCGGGCGGCGCGGCUGGGCAGCCCGUUCGCGCGGCGCCAGCUGGUGCUGCUCAACCCCUAUGCCGCGCUGUGCAACCGCAUGCUGGCCGACAUGAUGCGGCAGCUGCGCGCGCCCCGCAACGGCCGCUGAGACGAUCCAAUAAAGCUGCCGGCUCUCUCCCA